ACUCUUUCCCCAAUUUCCCCUCCUCCAGGUCCUUCCCGUCUGCCACAAUGCCAGGCGACAUCACAGAUACCUACGCCGUCGACAAGCUCGACCCGGCCUUGAUCGACGGCAGUGGCGACCCCAAGCGCGAGCUUUCCAUCCACCAACACUCGGUCGAGCCUGCCAUCUACGUUGACGGCCAGAUCACCGAGCAGGGCGAGUUCCUUGCCCAUGAUCUCCCCAAGCCUACUCCCGAAGACCUGCAAACGCUGCGCCGCGUCAGCGAGAAGAUCCCCCUCAAGGCCUACACCAUUGGCUUUGUCGAGCUCGUCGAGCGUCUGUCUUACUACGGUACCACUCAGGUCUUCGUCAACUUCAUCCAAAGGGACAACCCCGGAACUGCUACCGGAAAAGCCCUCAACCCCAGCGAUGACAACGCCCAGCCCGGUGCGCUCGGCUUGGGCCAACAGGCCUCAACUGGUCUGACGACCUUCAACCAGUUCUGGGUCUACCUCAUUCCCCUCUUCGGCGCCUACGUGGCCGACACCUACUGGGGUCGGUUCAAGACCAUCUGGAUCUCUGUUCUGACUGCCAUUGUCGGCCACGUUAUCCUGACUGCUUCCGCCGCCCCCAAGGUUCUCGAGAGCCCCCACUCUGCCAUUGCUGCCUUCAUCAUCGGUCUGAUCAUCAUGGGUGUCGGCACCGGUGGUUUCAAGCCCAACAUCUCUCCCCUCAUCGCCGAGCAGAUCCCUCGCAAGAUGUAUGUCAAGACCGAGAAGAACGGCGAGCGUGUCCUUGUUGAUCCGGCGGUGACGACGGCGAGAAUCUACAACUGGUUCUACUUCUUCAUCAACAUCGGUGCUCUCGUCGGUCAGCUUUCAAUGGCUUACGCUGAGAGAUAUGUCGGCUUCUACCUCUCCUUCAUGCUGCCGACCCUCCUCUUCUGUCUCUGCUUGCCCGUCUUGUACUUCUGCCGCAACUCGUAUACGCACACCCCGCCGACGGGCAGCGUCCUCGCCCCUGCCGUCAAGCUGCUCUGGCGCGGAAUCAUGGCUAGAAUCCACUGGAACCCGAUCAAGACCCACAAGCAUCUUCACGACGGCACCUUCUGGGAGGAUCUUAAGCCUUCUAAGAUGGACCCUUCUACGAAGCCCAAGUGGAUGGCCGCAUUCGACGAUGCUUGGGUGGACGAAGUCUCCAGGGGCUGGAGAGCUUGCAGUACUUUCCUCUGGUUGCCGCUUUACUGGCUCACCUACAACCAGAUCAACAACAACUUGACUUCUCAAGCCGGAACCAUGGCCCUCCACGGCGUGCCGAACGACGUUAUCGCCAACCUGGACCCGAUUGCCCUGCUUAUCUUCAUCCCCAUUUGCGAUAUCCUCGUCUUCCCUGCUCUGCGCCGAGCUGGUAUCAACUUCACUCCUCUCAAGAGGAUCACCGCUGGCUUCUUCAUGGGCAGUUUUGCUAUGGUCUGGGCUUGCGUCGUGCAGUACUACAUCUACAAGAAGAGCCCGUGCGGCAACCAAGCCUCGAGCUGCGAGAACGUGGACCUGAACGUGUGGGCGCAGACGGGCUCGUACGUCCUGAUCGCCAUCUCUGAGAUCCUGGCCUCGGUGACGUCUCUGGAAUACGGCUUCACGAAGGCGCCGAAGAACAUGCGUUCGCUGGUUGCGGCCUUUGCGCUCUUCAUGUCGGCCAUCUCAGCCGCCAUCGGCGAGGCCUUCAACCCUCUCAGCGCUGACCCGUUGCUCGUCUGGAACUACGGAUCUAUGGCCGUCAUCUCGUUUGUCGGCGGCACGAUCUUCUGGUUCCAGUACCGCACGCUCGACGCCCAGGAGGACCAGCUUAACAUGCUGCCCACUGGCCAUGUUGGCACGCAGGCGCAGGCCGAGGACAUUGAGCACAACUUGGGUGUGUCUCAUCAGUCAGAGACUGUUUCCGAGAAGAUAUAAUGGCCUGUCUAGCCGAGCGGCUGGCGCGGGGCGUCUGUCGGGUUUCUAUUCUUGUAUUAACUUUUUUUGUUUUCCUUUUUUAUUUUCCUUGGGACGCGCGGAAAGCGCCCUUAGAUCUAAUGUACGGACAGGAUGGAUGAACGGACGAGAUACGAAGUCGAUGGAAAAGGAAGAGAGAUAACUCGCUGGUGCGAGAUAUGUCUUGCAAAGAUAUAUGAUGGCUCGGAUUGCUGGGAAGGGCAUCUGGUAGCUGGUGGGAUGCGGGACUUUAGUACCUAUACCCAUUACCGAAUUUACGAAUGUUUGAAAUAAUCUUUUGUCUGUCUUGCGUGAUGAGAGGAUAUGGAUGCAGUGGUUGGUUUUUGUUGCUGCUUGUGCGAGAUGUGAGAGCUGGGAGCCUGGGAGGCAGU